CGUGUAGACACAGUCACAGAGGUCGCAGGGAAGAAACCCACCGCUGCAUGUUGUUCUCAAACAGCCCCCAUGUAGCUUCUCUCGUCUGUGUCCAGAGCUGUACGGUUAAACGACAGGGGAUUAUGAGUGAAAACACCUGGGUGCGGCACACUUUGGAGGAAAAGCUGUCGCGCUGCCGGAGGUCGUACGCAGUUUUGCCUUUUGUAUUUCCUUGCUGAAUGUCGUGGACAUUUUGGAUUUUUUUAAAUGCUGUGUGUCAUAAACCUUAUCAAAAACGGAUCAUUAUUCGCCUGUCUUCGCUUUUAGUUAGUUUGUCCGAGUUAACAUAUGUAAAUUGAACACUUUUAAUUGUGAAAACAACUGUGGGACGAAAAACGUUAAACAACUUGAGGAGGGCUCGCGCAGGAGAAUGUGCUGUGCGUUCAGGGCCAGCAGUUUUAAGUGUUAGCUUGCUGCUAACACUAGCAACAACCUUAUUGAACUACCCUCAAGCGAAUCUCAGAGGGAAGCUAAUGCCCUCUCCUCGAAGUAUCUUUUGGAUAAUAACACCCUGACAACAACCCGGACGUCUAAAAGGAAGACACUGACUCGACAUUAAUCAAGCACGUGACAGAGGGAACUUUUGUUUGCCAAAGAUUCACUGUCCCAAACAGAGGAGAUGAGGAUAAAGGCGCCCAAGAGGAAGUGGAGCAGAAACUAAUGAAUAACUAACUGCUGCUUUUGGAUCUACCCUCUGCCAUCCACUGGGAUCCAGGCGCUUGAGUCCUAAAUGCCAAGUGCCUGAGGAUGUCCAAGCGGAGCUUGUUUGUUCGUCUGGUGCCGUGCCGCUGCUUGCGGGGUGAGGAGGAGGCAGUAACAUCGCUGGACUACUCCCACUGCAGCCUGGAGACUGUUCCUAAGGAGAUCUUUAGCUUUGAGAAGACCCUGCAGGAACUCUACCUCGAUGCCAACCAGAUCGAGGAGUUGCCUAAACAACUGUUUAACUGCCAGUUGCUCCACCGACUGAGCAUGCCAGAUAAUGACCUUACAGUGUUGCCGGCAGCGAUCGCAAACCUCAUCAACCUCAGGGAGCUUGACGUCAGCAAAAACAGUAUCCAGGAGUUUCCAGAAAAUAUAAAGAAUUGCAAAGUCCUAGCAGUUGUAGAAGCAAGUGUAAAUCCCAUUUCCAAGCUCCCAGAAGGCUUCACCCAGCUUCUGAGCCUGACGCAGCUCUACCUGAACGAUGCCUUCCUUGAGUUUUUACCAGCCAGUUUUGGCAGACUGACUAAACUACAGAUCCUGGAGCUGAGGGAGAACCAGCUAAAGAUGUUGCCAAAGAGCAUGCAUAAGCUCACACAGCUGGAGAGGCUGGACCUGGGGAGUAAUGAGUUCACUGAAGUGCCUGAGGUGUUGGAGCAGCUGACUGGAAUCAAGGAGCUGUGGAUGGACGGGAACAGACUGACGUUUUUACCUGGGAUGCUGGGGACUCUCAAACAGCUGGUGUACCUGGAUGUUUCUAAGAACAACCUGGAGAUGGUCGAUGAGCAGAUCUGUGGCUGUGAGAGUCUUCAGGACCUCCUGCUGUCUAACAACGGCCUCACACAGCUGCCAGGCUCCAUCGGCUCUCUAAAGAAACUGACGGCGCUGAAGGUGGAUGAAAACCAGUUGAUGUACUUGCCAGACUCCAUCGGCGGGCUGGCGUCCCUGGAUGAGCUGGACUGCAGUUUCAAUGAGAUUGAAGCCUUGCCCUCCUCCAUCGGUCAGUGUGUCAGCAUCCGCACGUUCGCAGCGGAUCACAACUUCCUCGCCCAGCUCCCUCCCGAGAUGGGAAACUGGAAGAAUGCAACUGUGCUGUUCCUGCAUUCCAACAAGCUGGAGACUUUGCCCGAGGAGAUGGGUGACAUGCAGAAGCUGAAGGUCAUAAAUCUGAGCAACAACAAGUUAAAGAAUCUCCCGUACAGCUUCACCAAACUGAACCAGAUGACUGCAAUGUGGCUCUCUGAAAAUCAGUCAAAGCCGCUGAUCCCGCUCCAGAAAGAGGAGGAUCCGGAGACGCACAAAACAGUGCUGACUAACUACAUGUUCCCCCAGCAAACCAGGACUGAGGACUACGUACCCAACUCUGACUCUGAGAGCUUCAACCCAGCUCUGUGGGAGGAACAGCGCAAACACCGAGCUCAGGUGGCCUUCGAGUGUGACGAGGACAAGGAUGAGAGAGAAACACCCCCGAGGGAGGGAAACCUGAAGCGCUAUCCUACACCGUACCCAGACGAGCUGAAGAACAUGGUGAAGACGGCCCAGUCCGUGGCUCACAGGCUGAAGGAGGAUGAGUCUGGGGAUGAGUCUGGGAAAGAUGCCAAACCAGUAGAGAGGAACCACAUCGGAGUGCAAGAUGUAGGAGUAAAGGUGAUUGAGGCACCAUGUCCCAAUGGCACAGCAGCAGAUAUGGAGCCCCAAGUAUCUACCAACACAAACAUCCCAAAUCCCCCAGCACUAGAAUCAAAAGACACAUCAGAGUCUUACAGCUCUCAGAAAGUCCCACUCAAAUCCUCAGAAGGCUCCAUGAUGAACCACGAGGACACACUGGAGGAUUCUGAGGAGCUGUCUGAUGAAGAGGAGGAGAUGAAAAUCGCAGAGAUGAGACCCCCUCUCAUUGAGAUCUCCAUCAACCAGCCUAAAGUAGUGACUUUAAGUAAGGACAAAAAAGAUGAUGCAGACUCUUUGCUGGAUGAGACAGUGGCCAACAGCAACCAGAACAACAGUAACUGUUCAUCGCCAUCACGCAUGUCUGACUCAGUGUCACUGACCACGGACAGCAGUCAGGACAACUCUCUCUGCACCCCUGAGAGAGAGGCCAAGAUGCCCUUCCUGCCAAAAGCACGGCAAGAAGAUGAGAAUAUGAACCAGCCCCCUAAGGACACCACCCCUCUCCUCCAUAAUGGUAACGGCUCUGAAACGUCCCUUCAGGCUCUUUUAAAAACCCAGCAGACCCCACCAGAGAAAAUGGGAGACUACGACCUCUCAAUGGAAGCUAGACUGGCCUUCAUCGAGAAAGGAAUCAACAACGGCAUGGGAGAAACUUACACCAAGUGGGAUCAGAUCAACAUGAACGUGUCCAAGCUGCCUACUGACAACAUGGUCCAGCUGGACACGGUGGACAAAACCAAGAAUGGUGCAAUAACAAAAGAGGACUUGGAAAGUAAGCAGGGUUUUAGCAACGAGCAUUACCUGAAUGGAAACCAGCAGGUCAGUGACUGCAUCAAUAGCCAAGCGAUGCGAGUGGAGACAUCUGCUGGGCAUAUGGCGUCGACAGGCAUGUCAGCCAGCAGUGACAUGUCUCUGUCUCGCAGCACAGAGGAGCUGUCUCCGGAGAAAAGGUGCCAUCCCCCGCAGGUGAUGAAGUCUCACAGCAUUAGCAACAUAGAAUCAGGAGGAAUGAAGAUUUACUCCUUUGACAUGGAGGGGGACUCGUAUGAAGCAGCAGGGAGGAUGGCAGGAGCUGGACCAGGACCAGGAGCUCAGGGUCAGAGUAUCGUCAGGAGCAAGUCAGCCAGUCAGUUACUAAACGACCAGUCCCUGCAGAUCUACCCCAGCUCCUCCGCAUCCUCCUCAGACCUGCUGUCCUCCUCAAAACCCCCUGCCAGCACCAGCAGAUACCCAGUUUCUUCAAGCAUGGCCAUGGGCAUCCCUCCGCCACAGUACAACAUCCAGUACACUAGCAGUGCCAUGCCUAAAGAUGGCCUCUGGGCUCAGAGGACACCCAUGCCUCCAGAGCACCAAGGCUACCAUCCCCCUCCUCCUCACUCUUUAGCAAACACCAAUUACUCAAACCGUAAUCAGGCCCCUCCGUACCCUCUGCAGCCUCAGCAGAGAGGGCCUCCCAUGGGUCCUAAACCACCUGGGGACAUGUGGGCCAAAGAGAGGCUCCAUUCUACUGCAGGACAGCCCAGAAGCAGCACCCUGCAGAGGCAAAGCAGCACUGCCUCCACGGCUUCGAUGGGCGACCCAAGGCGCAUGCAGGUCCCUGAGGGGGAGUACAUGACAUACAGGGACAUUCACACCCUUGCCAGGGGGCCGUUAGCGAUGAGCACGGCUAUGCAGAGACCUCUCUCGGCUCGUACCUACAGCAUCGACGUCCCAGGAGCUUCGAGGCCUGUUGGUGCCAGGCCGCAGCCCCACGAACUUCCAGAAAGGACCAUGUCCGUCAGCGACUUCAACUACCAGCACGGCAGCCCCAGCAAGAGGCCCAACGCCAGGGUGAAGUCCGAGCACUCGCUGCUGGAUGGGCCGGGACAGGUGUCAGGAGGGGCUGGAGCUGGAAGGGUGCCAGCUGACUGGAGGGAUCAGGUGAUGCGGCACAUCGAGGCCAAGAAAAUGGAGAAGAAUGCGCUGUCUCGCUCCUAUAAUUCCAAUAACUCUCCACUGAGCUGGUCUCACUUCGGCAGCUGUAGGGAUAUGCAUGCCAGCCAAGGCUCUCUCUUGUUUAGUACCAGGGACGGACAGCCCUACGGAGCUCUGGGCUUCUGUGAUGAUGUUUUUGUUUCCCAAGGGCAGCAGAGUUACACCAUGGAUCCCCACAGAAAAGUGCCUUUGAUGAACGGUCAGAUGGGCCCCUCUGGUCGUCCUCAAAUGAGCCAGGCUCCCAUGGCCCGCCACCCGUCCAGAGAGCAGCUCAUUGAUUAUCUGAUGCUCAAAGUUUCCCAUCAGUCCCAGGGUCCUCCACGCGUCCAGCAUGACACAAUGCAGCAAGAGAUCCGUGUGAAAGUGGAGAAGAAUCCAGAGCUUGGUUUCAGUAUAUCAGGAGGAGUGGGAGGUCGGGGAAACCCCUUUCAUCCAGAUGAUAAUGGUAUUUUUGUGACAAGGGUUCAACCUGAAGGGCCGGCAUCAAAGAUUCUUCAACCUGGCGAUAAAAUCAUCCAGGCGAACGGAUACAGCUUUGUGAAUAUCGAUCAUGGGAAUGCAGUGUCCCUCCUGAAGACAUUUCCAAACACUGUGGAUUUGACUAUCAUGAGAGAAAUCCAAGCAUAGACUUCAACUGACCUCUGAAGGCAAGGGCAGGGCGGGGACACCAGAAGAGAGAUGAACACAUGAAAUAUUGUUGACUCUCAUAUUUUUAUACCCAGCGGAGACUGAUCUGUCAAUACCUGUAAGGACUAUUUAUAGUAGAGAUCUUCUAGCCUUGAUGGAACGGGGAAAACCACUGAAUGUAGUGGAUUGAAGCGAGACGGCGGCAAAACCUCUGCAAGUACGAGUCCUCAAAGGCCAUCACUGUGGUAUAUAUAUUUUUAUACAAAAGAAGCUGAAGAUAUGACCUGCUCUCAAGCAAUUAAUUACUGUGGUCUCUGUACAGAUCAUUUUUGUUUUUUUUAGUCCAAAUCACAUACAUCCUUUGUCAUAAAUUAGGUUUUAUUUCUGCAGAUCAUUGACCACUAGGGGGCAGGGCUCCCUCUAUUCUGUCAUGCAGUUUGCCUUUUUUUUUUACUUUUUAUUUAAGAUGUUGAAACCAUGUUCUGGUCUGCCACGCAUUCAUAUACGGAGGACGAUGUUACGUGAUUUUCCUGUGGAGACGAAUGUCGAUCGAGGAGCGGUUUGAGUCGCCUUUUUGGAAGGGAGAUUUUUUUUUUUUUCUCUACUUGCAAAAUCAGAGCGCUGAGAAGAGGAAAUCAUCCAUCCAUCCAUCCCUGCUGAUCACCCACCAGUGCGCAGACACUUCUGUCCUCACAGCAGCAGCCGCUCUGCAUAUCACCUCACUGGAUCACUACCUGUGCUGUGCUUGGACACUGAAAGUCCUUCCCGAUAACAAGUCACAGCUUCUCAGACGUCGGAGGAAUGCAGGCAGGGCGAGAUCGUCUUUCUAGACGGAAAAAUGGAGCGGAAAUUCAAACGAAGGGGAGGUGCAUGCUCAGCCUUAACCUGUUUUGCCAGUCAGAAGAUUUUUCUUUUAAAUCAAAAGUUGGAUAUCUUGGGAAAUAUUCAUUUUGUCUUUCAACUGCAGUAUGAGAUUAACAGGACAAAGUAGGCAGAAAGGAUACCAAACAAUGCAGUGACAGGAUGAGGAGACUGAAGCAGUAGCAGCUUGCAAGCUCACAUAGAAAGUUUGGCUUUGCACAAAGACUGUAAAAGAUGUCCUGAACAGGCAGAAUCUGAGCCAAACAAUGUCCAGGAAAGGAUAUGUGCAAAUGAGAAGAUAGAAGCGCUAGCAGCUAAAGCUUAAACAUCAUAAGUCCAUCAAAAGUUAGCAAAAUGAACCUAAAAGCUCCUCUUCAAAUUCGUAAAUCAAACACAAAGUGUUCUUGUUGUUUUUAUGCACAUGUACUGGUUAUCUAAAAGCUUAAUAGGAGAAGACAUUUUUCAGAGAAAAGGUUACAAACUCCUUUUUGCACAGAGCAUAAAACAACAAUGUAACAGUGGUAUAAAAAGAAAGAAACAAGCAAAAACAUGCAUAAGAGAAUGAAAGUAUGUGAUUAAGACAAAGCCAACUAUACUAUCUGACUUCAAAGCAUCAAGAAAUCUGCUCAGAAACCCUUAGAAACUGUCUGUUUUUAAUCUCAGUUUGCAUACUUAUUGAAUUGAUGUAAUAUCCAAAACUUAAAUCUGCAAAAUCUGCAUUAUUUUCAUGGGCAGAAAUGAACAUUUUACAACUUUUGAAGCUCAUACUUCUUAGCAGUUUCCCCCGUUUGCUGUCUUUGUUCCCAACUAAGCUAGGCAGCUGCCAAUAGCAGCAACAGCCAUGUGUUUGCCUGUGAGCUGUGAGAGUUUUAGCUGUCAAUCUUCUCUUCUGCGCUGAUGUUUUUGCACCAGAAAAUGAAGAUGAGCAUUUCCCAACACGUCCAGACUAUUCCUGUUUAGCACAGAGAGAUAUUAGCGGUAAUGCUAGCGAACCAAAGCAAGUUUAGAAAUUGUGGACUGAAGGCAAAAAGCAGGAGACAACAUAAGAAAGAUAUUAGAUCAUGUAAACAUUCACAUGUGUGUUGUAUUUGUAAGGGCUUCAUCUUUCAGGCAGCCAUGGUGACACGGGAGGGUUUCAACAUCUGUCAGUUUUAUUUCUCACAUGGGAGAAGACCACAGUUUGCCUUUUUUUGUCUUUAAGUUGUUUUAUCGUGCUUUUAUUCAUCACUUUCAAUCAAUUGUUCUCUCUCUUUGCUGUACAGAGAGUUUAGUUGGGAGAAGCGAGUUGUAAAGUGCCAUAGACCUCGAACUGUUUGAAUAGGGGAGGAGCUUUUACCCCAGAGCCCAAGCAAUAUUCACAUAAUCACCAUCAUUCAGCAGCAUAAUGGCUUAAAGAGCAAUAUUUAAAGCCUUUAUUUUCAUUCAGAAACACGUCAUCAGAUCACAUUUUUAAACAAACACAACCUUUUAGUAAUCCCUGGUGAUUUUACAUGACUUUUAUAAUGUGAAAAGAAUCUUUUUGUAUUGAAAUAGCACAGGAGAUAUAUAUACAGUAGUGCUAAAAAAAAAGAAAAGAUCUCUGCAUUGUGUAAAAGUGAAUGUCUGUGUCACUUUGCCCAAGGCUUUUUACUGUUUGAUGCUUUGAUAACACGAGUCCAGAUGUUCAUCCGUGCAAAAUAACCCCAAAAUAAUGGAGUCACAGCUGCAUCUCUGAACAUUCCUGGUGUUCAUGAAAAGAAAAAAUGUUUUAAGUCCACUUUCUGUGUACUUUUUAUUCACUUGUAAAUAACUUUUCAGUGAGGACGUAUUUCCAAAAGGAACGGAAAUGAUAAAAUUCACUUAUGAAGUAAUGGCCCUAUAAACUUUAACCGCACAUUUGUGACCACUGAAUGGUUUCUAGGAUAUUUAAAAAGCUUUUAUUUUGAAAUGGCAUUCCCUCCAAUUAUAACAGUGGAUUCUGUCUGCUGCACUAUUCCCUGAUUUUAUUAUGAAGUUUGUGCUUGUAGCACGAAACCAAUAAGAUUAAAAACUUUAGUGAUAAAGGGGUAAUCCAGUGUUGUUAAACUUGGGCUUUACAUAUUAAUGGGUCUAAAUAGAUGCAAAAGUGAUGGAAUUGCUCAAGAGAACUGUGGUAGAUGAUAGCUUCAAGACAGGAAGUAAUCACUGCAGAUGAAGGCUCAAUGUUUUAUAUCAGAGUACGUCCACUAGGAGGGCAGAUGGCCUAGUGGAUAGUAUGCGUGAAAAGCCUUUCACCCAGUGCCGUCCUCUUUAAACAAAGGCAUGAAAAUCCCCAAAUAAAAUCUAUAAUACUAAAACCACCAAGGGUGUCUGUAAACCUAGAACCGCCAGCAGGUUAAAUACCACUUGAUGUUAAUAAAUCUCACUUUUUACCUUUGAUAUCCAUGUUCUGGUUUAGUCUGACUUAUGAUAAGGCAGCACAGCAGUAGACUGAAUGCAGUGCCAUGGUAAUGUGUAUUUUUUAUCUAAAAAGGCAAGAAAAUCAAUGCUAUGAUUGCAGUUUUAAGUAUAAAUGGCUAUUUCAAAAAUUACAAUUAAUGUGAACAAAUUUUAACACCAGGUGCUACACAACACUCUUUGAGGAAAAGUCAAGGAGUGACGGUUUAUAAUAUUUUAUUUACACAGAUUUAGACACAAUUGAAAGUCUUUUUCUUCAUUCAGAAUCAUUCCUUACACUUUAAAGUGUUUAUUUUGGACUGAAAUUUGUUUAUCCUGAAACUUUAAAUUGUCUGUUUUGAGGAUGGAAGUUUUAGGUCUGAACUACAUUGGAAUGUCGGUAUAAAUAUCUCUAUCAGUCAAAAUUAUUUUGUAAAUAUUGGUAUAAGUCCAGUAUUUUGCAUUCCAACUGAAGGCCAAUUUUAGAUUAACUAAACAUGCAACAUGGUUUGGUUAUAGUGAUGGGCUCUUAUCCUUUGCCGGGUUGGCUGAUGGAUUUAGAGUGUACCCACUCCUGCAGACACCGCUCUGUGUUCAACUGCUCUUCAAUGCAAAUAUCUAACCAGCCAAUCACAUGGCAGCUACUGAUACAAAGUAGGCAUGUAGACAUGGUCAGGACGAUCAGCUGAAGUUCAAACAAGGCAUCACAGUGAGGAAGAAACGUGAUUUGCAGAGCCUUUAAACAUGCUGUAUUUUGUAAAUGGAGCUUAAUGGCAUUCAUUGUUGCAUGCAUUGGUAGCUUCUAUAAAAUUCCUGAAUCUACUAGGAUAAUUUUUGCAAUGUUGUCAAACCAGUUUAAACUUGUAAUGUUAGACUUUCAGUGCCAAAAGCAGAGCUUUUUAACCUCAAAGAUUUAAUCUUGAGCAAUUCCAAAACUUUUUGCCUCUGAAGUAGAAAUACAGCCCUGGUUUAAAUAUACGGGAUAUCCCUUUAAAAUUGUUCCUUUUAGUAAGAAGAAAUAGCUGUUUAAAGGUAGUUUUUAAAUGAAGCUAUAUGAAGAGAUGUAGUUUUAAAAAAAGAAUCUAAAGUAGUAAAUUUUACCCAGAGGAAAAUGACAUUGUAGACAUUUCCCAAACUUGUCACUGAACAUAUAGUGUUUUACACCGAUGAAAUGUUGUUUAUAUUCUUUGUUUUAAUUUUCUUGGUGAUUUCUGUCGAGUAGGGGGGUAAAUCUUUCUGGGGUAAUGGUCACUUUAUUUAUACUCAUGACAAAAAAAAAGCGUACAGUCUGACUUGGUAGACAAUCUUGGGAGAUUAAAAAAAACAUGUUUUCACAUUUUCUUCACCCACGUCGGUCUGUUUCUUCUGCUCGCGUACUGUUCUUAUUUAUUUAGCAGUCUUCUGUGGUUUUUAGACCUUACUAAUCAAAUUGUAAAUACUCUAAAAAAAAGAAAUUUGAGAAAGAAAUUUAACGGCAUUAGUGACUUGCGAUUGUAAAACCAGCAAUAAAUUGCAAUGCAGAGGCAUCCAUUUUAAUGUAUAGUUAUUAUUUCUAAAGUUUCUCUGGAAACAGCCACAUUGAGAUGACGAUGAUGAUGAUGAUGAUGAUUGAUAUGCAUUUAUCCAACAUUCCAGAUUUUGUACAUAAUUACCUGUUUCUGAAGUAACCUGUGGAAAAUAAAACUAAUGCUCUUUAA